AUGAGAUUGUUGUUGCAAACAUAUGAGAUUCAGCUCGUUUACAAGCCAGGAAAAGAGUUACACAUUGCUGAUGCUCUAAGCCGUGCUACAAAUAAUCGACAAUUUGUGGAAGAUUCGCAUUUUAGCUACGAAAGUAUGAACUUGUUUGCCUUAUCAGUGGUCUUAGCUCCGACUUCCCAGGAAAAAUUUAUUGCAGCAACGUUAGCAGAUCCAACACUGCAAGUGGUCCUGUCAUUUGUUCCAAACGGGUGGCCUGAACAUCGAAAGAAUUGCAAUGCGGCAACCAAGUUGUUUUGGCAACACAGACAUGACCUCAGUCAGUUCAACGGCUUGAUACUCAAAGGCGAACAAAUUGUAGUUCCUGCAUCCCUACAGUCUGAUGUUCUUAGACAAAUUCAUGACGGCCAUUUAGGCAUCUCCAAGUUCAUCGAAAGAGCCAAGUUAACGGUAUACUGGCCUCGUUACAUGGAUGAAGUGAAAAAUCUGGUGGAAGGGUGUGAUAAAUGUCAGGAACAUAGGCAUUAA